GCCUCUGCUCAGUCGCUACCGAGCGGCGACGAGCAGCCACACGAAUGAUGCCUCUGUGCCUCCGACUCUGACUUCUGCCUCUGCAUAGCAUCUGAGCUCCGGAGUCGACCGGAGACGUAGUCUAAGCCCGAGUUUGCAGAACUGCUGCUUAACAUCAGUCUUUUCCGUCGCACGCUCGAUCGCACGUCGCACGUCGUCGUCGCCGCUGCUGCUGCUGCUCUUUGCCGCUCGCUGCCGUCGCUGUCUCUGUCGCGCAGUUGCGUCGCUUACGUAUUAUUGCCUGUGCCUGUCUGUGCUAACGUCUCAUCUCGUCUCGUCUCGUAGGACGGGAUAUUCGAUCGAUUUCUGUUACGGUUGCAACAAAAAUUUAAAUAGAGCAAAAAACCGAAAAUAGAGCACUCGAUAAGUGUCAGCCCAGGGGUGUGGCUAUCGGUCCGGCAGCCACACUAAAAGUAAAGCAAACAUCGGAGGGAAGUGCAGUGCCACACACGCACACACAAAGGCGUGGCCACACACUCACACAAAAAAGAAAAGCCCGCAAAGAAAGGAAAACAAAAAUCUAGAAACUAUCAAUCCAAAAAUCAAGUCAUAUCUAACCGGAAAACGGAAAUUUUGCCGACAUGUGAUAUAGAGUAUAGAGUACUUAAAACAAAAGCACACACACGCAUACAGUUGUGGUGUGUAUCUGUGUAGGAUGUACAAAUCUGAAACAUGCUUCACGCUUGCCCCCAAAGUUCUAAAAGUCAAGUGCAAUACAACAACAAAAACAAAAACGAAUACGACAUCUAACAACUCUAUACGGCGGCUCAAGUGACGUUUUAUUGGCGCAAGGUGAACACAAAUAAUAGCUCAAAAAUCCACACACAAAAUACAGAAAAAAUACAGAACAAAUAACAAAAUAAAUAGCAAAAAAAAGUACACACAAAAAACAAAUAAUAAAAGCUGAAAACGUAGGGAGAGUUCAAAAUAAUUUUCUAAAUGAUUUCCCUACUGAUUGUGCUGGGAAAAGUUUCACUUUAAAUUUGGAUUAACAUCUGAGUAAAAGUUCCAGCAGUCGCUCAAGAAGCCUUCAAACGCAGACAACCCCACGAUUAGCAUAAUGAUGAAUCAGGAUAAUCCAUAUGCGAUGAAUCAGACGUGCAAGGUGUGCGGAGAGCCGGCAGCUGGAUUCCACUUUGGUGCAUUCACCUGCGAGGGUUGCAAGUCCUUCUUUGGCCGCUCGUACAACAAUCUGUCAUCCAUUUCGGACUGCAAGAACAAUGGGGAGUGCAUCAUCAACAAGAAGAACCGCACCGCCUGCAAGGCCUGCCGCCUGAAGAAGUGCCUCAUGGUAGGGAUGUCCAAGAGCGGCUCCCGCUAUGGCCGUCGCUCCAACUGGUUCAAGAUCCACUGCCUGCUGCAGGAGCAGCAGCAGCAGGCGGUGGCCGCCAUGGCAGCACAUCACAACAGCCAACAGGCGGGCGGGGGUGGACAGAGUGGCGGUCCUGGUGGCAUGGGCGGCAUGCCGAACGGUGUGAAGGGCAUGUCCAGUCAGGGUUCAGCGGCUGCGGCUGCUGCUCUGGGCAUGCUCGGCCAUCCCGGCGGAUACCCGGGACUCUAUGCAGCCGCCGCAGCCGGUGGUGGGGGUCCCCGCACGAAGGAGGAGCUCAUGAUGCUGGGACUGGAGGCCAGCGGGGAUUACGGCAUGCUGAAGCAUCCCUCAGUGGUGGCCUCGCCGUCCGUCAGCUCUCCCGACUCCCACAACUCCGACAGCUCCGUGGAAGUGAGUGUUCGUGGCAAUCCGCUGCUCCAUUUGGGAUCCAAACCGAAUGCAGCGGGAGGUGGAGGUUCCUCCUCCACUCCCGGUGGGGAUGUCAGCCAAUCGUCGAGCACGGCGCCGGGCAGGCCGCCACAGUUGCAGCGCAAGGAUCUGCCACCGUUCCACCUGCCGCUGUCCUUUCCCGGUCUUGGCUCGAUGUCUGUGAUGCCGCCGCCCGCCUUUCUGCCGCCCUCGCAUCUCCUCUUCCCCGGCUACCAUCCCGCCCUCUAUCAGCAUCAUCAGGGUCUGCUGAAGCCCACGCCCGAGCAGCAGCAACAGCAUGCCGCCGUGGCAGCAGCCGCCGUUCAGCAUCUCUUUAAUUCGAGCAGCGCCGCGAGUCAGCGUGGAUUUGCGCCGACAGCGUCGUCCUCACCGUUUGGCAAUCAUCAUCCGCUGCACCACAAGGGGGAGGAGGAGGCGCCACUGGGACACCCGCACAACCACAGCAACAGCCAGAAUCAGAGCCAGCACCAGCACCAGCACCACAUCUUGGCCAAUGGCGGUAAGGGAGUGUCGGCAGCGGCGGAUGAGUUGACAAAACGCUUCUAUCUGGAUGCCGUUCUCAAGUCGCAGCAGCAUGGAAGUCCCCCGCCCAUGGCCACGAAGCUGGCGCCACUGCAGCACAGCAAACAGGACUAUUCCAUAUCCGCUUUGGUCACUCCCAACUCGGAGAGCGGCGGCAGCCACUCGAGGGUCAAGAGCAGGCAAAGCAAUGGGGGACAGGAGGAAGAGGAGGAGGAUAUAGCGAGGGAGGAUGCUAGUGAUAAAGAGGAGUUGGUCGAUGAAACAGAUGGGGAGGAGAACGGUGAAGAUGAAGAGGAUCUGGUGGUGUCCAUGACGCCGCCGCAUUCACCAGCGCAGCAACAGCAGCAGCAGGAUGAGCCGCAGGAAGACAAGGAACUGGAACCACCGCCCUCUGUGGCUCAGGAUAAUCCCAUUGAUUUGAGUAUGAAGACCACGGGCAGUUCCUUGAGCAGCAAAUCCAGUUGCCAGGACAUAGAUGUAGAGCCCCCUGAGAUGGCUUCCUCGAACGAAGUGGAGCCGCCAGAGUUACCCAGCGAUCAAUCGAAGAGAAUUGAAGAUGAGGAGGUGGAUGCCGAAGAGGAUGUGAAAGUGACAGCAGAAGAAGAGGAGGAGGAGGAGGAGAUUGUUGAUGCAAAAGAGGAGCAGCAAAAACAAACCCACAACAACAAUAACAACAACAACAGUAUCAGCAGUAACAACAACAACAGCAAUAAAAACAACAAUAAUAAUAACAUAAGUAUAAAUAGUUUAAGUGAUAAUGAGGCCAGUGAUACAAUCAAACGGAAACUGGACGAACUCAUCGAAGAGGCAUCCGGCGGCAAGCGUUUGCGUCUAUCGGAGGCGUCAACCGUCAAGGCUUUGGCUUUGGAUCUAACCACAAAGGUGUAGGGGCAAUCAAUCAACCAAUCAAUCAAUCGUUCAAUCAAGGGCUUAAAGAUUCUCUAAACAAAAUGGCUAAACCUAAUCUUUGCGCGCCUAAAAAAUACAAGUUCGUGCCGUUUGAGAGACGUUUUCUUUUGAGAUGUUAUCACAUCGUUUAAAACAACUAACCAAAUUGCCAAAAUAUGCAAACGGCAGGCGGGACACACAGACAAUCCGCACAUGUAUAUAUUUGCAUACGUAUAAACGGGCAAAAACAACAAAGAAAAGAAUGUACAACACACGUUUGAUAAUUUUAUUCAGAGUUUGAAAUUAUAAACAAAUUUUUCGGUAUAGAAUAAAUU